AUUUUGCAAACGAGCGCUAGAAUUGGACAAUGAUCACGUCGAACUUUUGGAAAUGACCGGAUUAGUCGAAGUUGAACUUGGAGAUUUAUGGAAUGCCCGCGAGGUGAGAUAUCUCUCGCGCCAGAAGCAUCUCAUGGCUACCUGAUGUGCUUAACGAAUUUUCCUUGUCCCUUUUAGCACUAUGCGAAAGCCGUACAGUUGCAGCCCGAAUCAGGUUUCGAGAAAUACAUGUGUCUCGGUCAACUAUCUGGAGAAUUGGAUGCUAUACAGUGUUUUCAAAAGGGUGUCGAGUUGAUGGAGAAGCAGAAGAAGACAUAUGAUCCCGUCUCACAAGAGGCCAUCACUUUGGGCAACAAGAUUGCUUCUGCUCUUUGUUCUAUGACCGAAAUUUAUUUGACGGACUGCUGUUUCGAAGCGGACGCGGAACAGAAAUGUGAACAGUAUCUUGAGACAGCCCAAUUGGCUGAUCCCAAGUCUCCCGAAGUAUACCAAAUGCUCGCUUCGGUGAGACUAUCACAAGUUCGAAACGACGAAGCUCGAGCAGCACUAGAACAUAGCUUGCAACUUUGGUCUGACAAGGAUCCUGGUGAUCCGUCCAUCCCUAUUUACGAUACCCGACUUGCACUUGUGAAGUUGUUACUGGAGGUUCAGUUAUAUGCAGAGGCGUUUAACGUUUUGGAAGGUCUCCAGAAGGAAAAUGAUCAGUCGGUGGAUCUUUGGUAUCUUUGGGGAUGGUCAUACUACUGUCUUGGAGAAGAACAAGAUCUUCCAGAGGAGGAAAGGAAGCAUCAUUGGGAGGAUGCACGAGACUGUCUCGAAACGGCCAUCAAGAUCUACAACGCAACAGGGGCGGACGACGAAGCAAUGCUGCAGCACGCACAAGAACUUGUGCAUAAUAUCAACGCUGUCAUUCCAGCUUCAGCACCCGAGGAAGAAGCAGAAGACGACGGUGAACACGACUUGGAUAUAGAUAGUGAUGAUGACGCUAUGGAACUAUAGAACAUUGGCGACACUAGCCCUCCACUUAUGCAUACAUCCCUCCCCUUUCUUUCAUAAUACACUGUGUAAUCAUCAAAUCUUUAUUCCUUCUUCUUCUUUUUGGGCGAUGUCACCCCAGCAUAUAUUUCCUCACUUUAGGUGGCAUGCUAGUUUAAAAAAAAAAAAAGAUGUGCUAGCUUUUACCCACAUGGCGGA